AAAGAACGGGGAAAAGAGUCAGACGGCUGCGAGGGGAGGAAGCUAGUAAGGGGUACUCUGGCGGCCCCGGGUGGCCGGUGAGGGUUCUAGAGACGAGGUGCCCGAGGAGCCGGAGCCUUAACACAAGGACCAGGCCAUAGGGAACGAAUUUCCUCAGAGACUGAAAGGGGCAAAGAGCUCGACCCCAGCUAAUGGAGCGCUCCUGAAGUGAGGACGGCGGGCAGCAACAUGCACAGGUUCGGCUAACUCCACUCUCCCCUCAGGAUAAGAGGAGAAAACACGACCGGGCUGACAAAGGGCCGGGGAUGGAAUGCGGGACUAGCAGAAGGGCGGGCUCACUAUCGAAGCCAAUGAGUGGCCGUAAAUUCUAGACGCCAUGGAGGGCGCGGCUUUCGACUGGGUGGGGGCGGACCCAGGCUGAGAGCAAGAGGCGUGAGCCUGCACCACCUCCCGCCCAGGGUGUUCUGGGCCCGGGUCCACCCAUGGGUCACGUGAGCCGCCAAAAUGGCGGCGCUCGGGCGGGCAGCUGGGUCUCAGCUGGGGGAUGUAAGUGUGGUGCCGGUGGGAGCUGGGGAAGCGCCCAAGGACACCCAGAUGACAACAUAUACUCAUGGUCAGCCCGUUUCUUCUGUAGAAGAUGCAAAAUUCAGAAGACCAAUGGUCAUUGAAAUUAUGGAAAAAAAAUUUGAAUAUCUUAGAAAAGAAAAUAAGAGCUUAAAUAUAUAUGGAUCACUGUUCUAUGGAACAACAGCUGGUUUCUCUGGAAUGUUGGCAAACUUCAUUUUCAGAUACUGCUUCAAGGUUAAACAUGACACUUUGAAGACAUAUGCAUCAUUGACUACACUUCCGUUUUUAUCUACUGUAGUUACUUACAAACUCUUUGUAACUGAUGCUUUGUAUUCAGGUAAUAUAAGCCAGGAGAAUUGUGUUGUGAGAAGUACACUGGUUGGCUUAGUAUGCGGUGUUUUAUAUCCCAGUGCUUUGGCCUUUUCUAAAAAUGGACGUCUGGCAGUCAAGCAUCAUACUGUUCCACUGCCACCAAAAGGAAAGGUUUUAUUUCAUUGGCUGCUACUUUGUCAAAGAGAGGUGAAAGCAAUGGCAGUUCCUCUAAUCCUUCAAAUGCUUAUUGGAAUAUUUAAUGGUCUGCAGCAUUAUGCAGUAUUUGAAGGUACUCUGGAGAAGACUGUACGUGAAGAUUAACCAACGAAUGGAUGGAUGCUAAAAUCAGCAGAAUGGAUUUAUUUAUGAGGACUUAGGCAUUGCUGAGUUAAAAGUAACUCUGGACAGGCAACUUGUUUCUGUCCAUUCUGCCUGGUAUGUAGCAGGUACUCAAUAAAUAUUCAGUAAUUCCAUAAAUAAAUGUUAAAUUUCAUCUUUGUUUCCUUGUUGUACAUGAAAAAUAAGUUUGGGGCCUCAAGGUCUGAUCUAUACAUUUGUAUAUUAGUUCAUUCAUCAAACAUUUACUGAAUACCUGCUGUGCCUCAAGCACUUUGUUACAUGCAAUAAGAAAUGGUCUUUACCCAGAAGGAACUCACAGUAUAGAAGAGGAAUAAGAAACAUAGUGUGAGAGGGCUGAGAAGUAUACACAUCAUUUUGUAGGGGUAUUGAGAAUGUGGUUAUUAACUACUUAGGCAGAAGGGGAGGCUAUGGGAGAAAAAAAGUGACUUAUGAGCUAAAUUUUGAAGGAAUUAGAAGUUCAUAGGAAAGCAAGGGAUGGAAAUGACAUACAGCCCAUUCCUCUACAGUAACUCUGUGAUUCUAGCUUCUACAAAUUGUUUUUAUUGUACUAUUAAAAAAAAAAAUUAUCAAGAGUCCAUUUGUCAUGCAUUAAUAGUAACUCUGUGAUUCUAGCUUCUACAAAUUGUUUUUAUUGUACUAUUAAAAAAAAAUUAUCAAGAGUCUAUUUGUCAUGCAUUAAGAUAGGCACCAGGGAUAUAAAGAAUUAGUCCCUCCCCUCAGGAAGCUUAAAAUCUAAAUAAAGAGCUCACAGUAUGCUUCUUAAGAGUCUACCGUGUCAUCCCUGAGCUACAUACUAGUUCAGGAAACGAACACUGACAAUACAAAUAAGUUACAGAGUGGAACCUCAGAGCUUUUUCUCCCUGCCCUAACCAUAUUCACCUUGAGAUUAGACUUGCUCCUCUGAGGCCCCAAGCAAUUCAAAGCAGAGGUGGAAGUCUUAACAAGGUCUUUAAGACAUCACAGAUAACAUGAGCUGAAAAACAUGCACUCUUGCUAAUCAAAACAAUGGCUAGCUAGCAGUCUAGCUCUGUGUUCUCAGAACAAUUCAUGAUACUCGAAACCUUUUCAGGAGGAAAGGGCAGGUGAUGGCAGAAGCCAAGUCAGAUAACUAGACUGAUCGUUUUCAUAUUUUAACUCCUUAAGAAAUUAUGACACAGUGAGUACAUGUAUAUCUUCUUGUGAGAUACUCAAAUGAUCCAGAAGUAGAUAGAGCAAGACUUUAGUUUUCUCUUUACUCUUACUACAUCUUAUUUCUACUCCAUCCUCCAGAAGUAACCACUGUCAAGUUAGCAUGCCUCAUUCCUUAUUCUUUCAUUGAAUAUACAUACUGAUAAGUGUUCAUAUAGACUCGUUUUUACAUAAAUGAGAUCAUUUAUGCAUAUUCUGGAAAUUAAUUUUUCACUUCCCCAUGUGUCUUGGAAACCUUUCAAGUCAUUACACAUAGGUCUACCACGUUCUUUGUAGUGACUGUAUACAUUCUUGGUGAUUCUGGUAUCUACGUAGGUGAUGCAACACCUUGGACUCUAUACUACCUCAGGCAUUUAUUCCCAUAGUCAUACCCUGGACCUGAGCUGUCCAAUAUAGUACCCACUAGCCACAUGCAGCCAGUGAGGAUUUGAAAUGUAGCUAGUCUAAAAUGUGCUGCAAGUAUAAAAUGCACAGCAGGUUUUGAAGAUUCAAUGGAAAUAUCUUCAUUAAUAAUCAACCUUUUGUAAUACAUAUUGAAAUGUUAACUAUUCUAAAUACAUGGAGUUAAAUAAGGUAUGUUAAGUUCACCUGUUUCCUUUAACUUUUUUAAUACGUCUACUAGGAAAUUUGGGGCCCCGGUGGUACAGUGGUUAAGCGU